AGACUGCAUAUAAUUUGAUCAGUGAUAUUUUUUUUAUUAUGGCUAAAUUUUUAUCAUCAAUAUGGGUGAUAGGAGGAUUAAGCAGCCAAAGGAAAGGAUAGUAUAACUUGGACAAUGACAGAUUUGACAGUGUCACAGAGGUAUAGAGUCAAUAUACGAUCAUUCAGAGGUCUUCAGAAAUCAUCUCUUCGUAAGGACUCAGCUCAAUUUCAAACUGAAUUACAUAAAUUAUUAACAGAAUUCAAAUUAAUCAAAUUGAUCAUCAAUCAAUUAUCCUUAUUCAAUGAUGAUAAUGAUGAUGGAGAAUCGAUUAAAGAAGUUAAUACUAAUUACUUACCAUUCUUAAACAUCGAUUACUACCUUGGAAGUUUAUAUCAAGAUUAUUAUCAAAAUGAAGAUGCUAAAGGGAAAGUUGGAUCAGAAUAUGUUGAUCCUAUAGAAAAUAAGGUUGAUAAUUUGAAUAAAUCGAAAUUUAGUUUCCUCAAUUAUUUACAAUUAUUGAAUGGAUAUAAAUUAUUAAAUGAGGAUCAACAACAAAAGUUAAAAGCAUAUAUUAAAGGUGAUGAUAUGGGUUAUAAUCCUGUGAUAAGUCGUCAAGAAAAGAUUGAUAAUUUCAAAUUAGAACAAGGUUUAAAUAAGAAAUUAACUAUCCUUGAUGAUUAUUAUGAUAAGAAUAUGGAUGAUAAUGAUGUUGAAGAUGAAUCAGUGUUUGAAAAAUUCGAUGAAGAUAUCAUAAAACAAAUCUAUUUGGAUCAAAUUUCAUUAUUCACUUUACAUACCUUUAAUAAUCUCAGUAAUAUAACGAUGGAACUUACAGUAUUAAGUAAUAGAAAUCCAUUACCAAGUCAACCAACACCACCAAAUAGUAAACAAGAACAAGAUGAUGAGUUUGGAUAUACUACUAAAUUGGAAUCCUUACCAUUUUCAAAACCUGCUAUAACAGAAUUACUUUCAAAGCAAGGAAAAAUCUUACAACCAUUCACCAUCACUUCUAAUCGUCAACAGAUCAAAAAUAAAGUAUUCGGUACAGGUCAAGUCUUGCCGUCGAUGACAGUUGAAGAAUAUUUAGAUUAUGAAUUGGCUAAUGGGAAAAUGAUGAAAGAUGAAGUCAAAGAUGUAAGUAAAGAAGAUGACGAAGACCAAUAUGAUUCAGAAGAGGAAAUCAAAGAAAGAAAUUGGGAUGAUUGGAAAGAUGACAAUCCUAAAGGUGCUGGAAAUUCAAAAGCUAAUAUCGGUUAAUAAUGUACAAAGUCUAUAAUGUAUGUAUAU